GAUUCCCACCAUCCCAGGCAAGCCUAGGAAAAUUCUGCUCUGUAGAAUGGGAUGACCAACCAGGCGGAGGGGCGUGGCCAGAGGGAUGAUUGACACCCUGAUGCAACACGAUAGGGAAUGCCUUGGCUUGCGGAAGUGCUGGAAAUUAAGUAAUCACCCGCAGGCUCCCUGGUAGGCUGAUCAUUUCCACUCUUUCGACCUUUCUUCUCAUGCACUCACUAUGGAUUGUUGUGCCGCCCCUCCAUCCAUCCUGCACCACAGACUCCAUCUAUGCUUCCCCAGAUGGUUGUUGUUGAGGAGAUCGUCAGCGGAAGUAGAGGCUCCACACUCGAUGCUAUAAACCAGGAGUGGCUGCAAAAAUGAAUCUCAACCAUCAGGUUACAACCAGCAAAGGUGACUCUUACUGUCUGGAGGCAAUGAGGACUAGAGAACACUCGACCCCAACCAAGAAGCCGACAUCUCCCAAGCCUGAAAAUGCCAUCACCAUUGCAGUGUCAUCGCGGGUCCUCUUCAACAUGGAUGUGGAGCAGCAGAUCUUUGAGCAGAAGGGAAUGGAGGAAUAUCUGAAGUAUCAGGUCGAUCAUGAGACAGAGCUGUUUAAACCAGGACCUGCUUUCUCCUUUAUUAAGGCUCUGGAAGCGGUCAAUGCACAACUGAGAGAUCUAUACCCGGAGAGUGAAGAGCUCUUUGAUGUGGUCCUGAUGACCAACAAUCAUGCUCACGUUGGAGUCAGGCUCAUCAACUCAAUCAACCACUACAAGCUCUUUAUCGAGCGCUUCUGCAUGACCGGAGGUAACAGCCCAAUCGGGUACCUGAAAGCCUACCACACCAACUUGUACCUGUCUGCUGACUCAAUGAAAGUGAGAGAGGCCAUAGAGGAAGGCAUUGCAGCGGCCACCAUGUUCACAUCAGAGAAAGUGACACAGGUGUCAGAGACUCAGCUGCGAGUGGCCUUUGAUGGAGAUGCGGUGCUGUUUUCGGAUGAGUCAGAGAGGAUCUAUAAAACACAGGGCCUGGACAAAUUCUUCGAACAUGAAAAGGCCCAUGAAAACAAGCCCCUUGAUCAUGGGCCACUAAAAGGAUUCUUGGAAGUUCUGGGGAAACUACAGAGGAAAUUUUAUGCCAAAGGCCAUCGUAUGGACUGUCCCAUUCGCACUUAUCUGGUGACGGCUCGUAGUGCAGCUAGUUCAGGCUCCCGAGCACUGAAGACACUCCGUGCUUGGGGUCUGGAGACAGACGAGGCCCUCUUCCUGGCUGGAGCUCCAAAAGGCCCCAUGCUGGCGAAGAUCAAACCCCAUAUCUUCUUCGAUGACCAGAUGUUCCAUAUAGAGGGGGCUGCAGAGCUUGGCACUGUGGCAGCUCAUGUUCCAUAUGGAAUUGCCCAGAAGCUGCCACCAAAGAAAACGAAGGACGCAAAAGAGACUGAUUCACCCUCUAAAUGACCAAAGUGGAUAUUUAAAUUGAGAACAUGAAUAAAAUAAAACACAUUAUAUGUUCUAAUCUUUUUAAUUCAGAAAAAAAAAAUAUGCUAAACUGCAAUGUUUCCAUGAUAAAGACAAUGAUGAGGAGAAAAUUUGAUUCCUUGUAUUGAAUGUUUUAGUUAUAACCAGGACUGGCUUGUUAAUAAUAACAGCCUUAAACACUGUUCAGCCAGGCUGCUUUUAGUGGUGCCGUACUAGCACUUUCUCCACUAUAUUAGGGGGGGUUAAGGUCUAUGGAGUCAGACAAAGGUAAAAGUCAUGAUGAUAUUUGCAAUCACCUCAUUUAAAUCCAAUGAGCAUAGUAUACACUCACUAAGGGCUUGUAACUGCAGUAUACAUUUUACAGGUACCACAUAAUUGUAAAAAAAAAAAAAAGUCUGUGCCUUUAUUUUUAAGUUAAUAAUGCCUGGAUUUGAGUUUUGGAUUGCUGACCAUCAACACAGAUCAGCAAUUUCGAGUAGGUCAUUCAAGUUGUUGACCAAGCUGUCCUUGUAUGAUGAAUAACUGUGUUGAUGUGUAAAUUUGUUUUAUCUUCUCAUCCUUUAAGUUAUCGUGCAGUGUUGUUUUGGAUCAGUGUGAAAAGCAUGUGCCUCUGUUUUGUAAAAACUAUAAUGGUCUGUACGUUCUCUUAUUGUACUCCUUUACAAUGUGCGCUAACCUUCAUCUCUGUGUUGAUGUGAUAAAUUAUUGUUUUCAAUGGAA